CGGCCCAUCACCACAGCAUCGGCCUGAUUCCAAUGACCUGCCUCGUCCUCUUGCAUCGGCCCUGCGCCAUUCGGCUGCGGGGUUGGUGCGGCGUUUGAAGUCGUGCUUGUUACGCUCUACAUGCGCUGCGAUCCCAGGCGCAAUGAAUGUACGAGGUUUUCCAGCGCGUGUGCAUCGGCGUCACGGCUUCCCACGGCACCAACGCCUCCAGGCUUGGGUCGUUCUCCAAGGUACCGGCGACAUAGCAUGACGCAACGAGUGCGUGAGACGCCAAGCAAGGUCGGUCAGCACAGGCAAGCCGAGGCCACGGAGGCGGCUUGGAAAUCUGGCGACGACGUCGAGCGAGCGCCGUCGCAGCGCAAUGCGGCCAUGACGGACUCGGCGUUCGACGCUCUCGUACGGGACAUCGACGCGUGGUUCGCUGCUCCGGGCAAGGGAUACGUACCCGUCAAAGGCUUUGCGCUGGUCGCUCGCGGCAACAGCGGCAAGUGGACUGACGCUGAGUCCCGAGCGUACGCAGCCCUAGAAGGCCUCAAGAAGCUCGACGACGCCUCCUUGUCGCUGCUGCGGAGCUUUUGCUGGCGCGGCGACAAGAACAGAUCCAGCGACGCGUUUCGCAGCGCCCGAUUCCGCAACAACAGCAAGACCACGACCCCUGCCGAAGAGCUGCUCGAGCAGGAAGGUCGCGCAGGCGCGAACAAGGUGGCCACGAAUGGCAAGAAGAAGCGCCGCGCUGACGACCAGCCUACACGGGACGAUGUGUUGAAAAAGGCCAAGGUUGCGGAUAACAUUACGCCGCCUACGGAUCGCUGCAACGAGCUCCAUGGGUUGCGCAGCGACCGAGCUCGUCGCGACGCGUUUGAGCUCAAGAUUGGCGACGAGCUUCAUGGACUGCGCCAGGAGCUUGGUCGUCGCGACGCGUUUGAGCUCAAGAUUCGCGACGAGAUUCAUGGGCUGCGGCAAGAGCUUGGUCGUCGCGACGCGUUUGAGCUAAAGAUUCGCGACGAGCUCCAUGGACUGCGCCAGGAGCUUGGUCGUCGCGGCGCUUGGAUGUCGGCGAGUGAGGUCCGCGACGCUGCGUCACUCGACAUGGCACGCGACGAGUUCUGCGCCCUGCGGCAAGACCAAAUCUGUCUGGCUGAGCAUCCCACGACACAGCGUGUCGCGACAGCCGCGGCCAUGCAAGCCGUACGUCCGGACGGCCGAGACCCAGGAGCCGCGCAUUUGGCUGUCGCAUGUGCUGUUGACACCAGCCAUGCUGAGUCAACCCCUGCCAGCGAUCCCCGAGGGUUACAACGGCCCAUUGGCUAUGUAUAUCCUCGACGAUAUCACAGGGCUGCCCAUCCUUGAAGACGAGCUCAAGAUCUACCCGUUCCUCGUCCCGGCAGCCGAGUGGCUUCACUCGUGGCGCGCGAGCUUGACGUCGGCUGCCCAGGGUGCAAUCUCCAACAUGGAGACGGUGAGCACUUGGCUCACGCCUGCGCUGUCUGCUCAAGACGCUCAAAUGGGCAACAAUAUCAAGAAAAUCCUCGACAAGCGCGACCCGACGCGCAAUCUCUGUGGUACCGAGACUUGCAUGAGCGAAUCCGGCCACGAGGUCUUGCGCGGCACGAAGCAAAGCGUUGCCGAGUACAAGGAGCGCAUGGCGACGAACGCCCGUAACUACGUCCGCAUCUCGUACAAGCUGGAACGGCCAUCAAACCAAAGUCUUGGACCCUCGUGGGACUUUCUUUAACCCGUUCGGACGUGCAGAUUUUCUAACCCCAGAAUUCUAUGAAUCUUCGGAAGCUUGUACUAUGA